GUCACGGUACCGGCAUGUUUACGCGACGUUUGAAGCGUCUGUUGGGGUGCUGAGCGAUUCUAAGGAUAAGGUUGGUCGAGACGCGCUAGACUUGCUUGGGGUUCUCUCUAUGCUGCACUCUAGCGUGCUGCCACUUGACGUCUUCCUAGGCGCGUGGGAAGGAGCUCGAGAUGUGGUUGAGACCGACGACGGCCAAACUGACGAGAUAGACGAUCUUAGACCAUGGCACACGUCUCAGCUGCCAAAGUUCAUCGACCAACAAGCAGACAAGUGGGACGACUACAGGCUUAACAGGGCAAGCGCUCUCCUUGUGUCGCUUUCGCUGGUGACAAGACACCGCUCAGACGACCUGGACGGAUUGUCGAUGCAUCCACUGGCGCACGCGUGGGCGAAUGACCGGCUAGAUUGGAAGCAGCAGCAAGUAGCGUGGUAUGGUAUCCAAGAUGACGACACAGCUGUUGUUACAGCUUCAGAGAGACGUAGACGACCAAAGACUGUCCAGCCUAGCAACAGAGAGUGGGCAACAGUCAUCCAGGGUAUCAAUGCGACCGGGUGGACGAUUCCGCCCUUCAUCAUACUCAAGGCGCGCCACCACCUCUCAAGCUGGUACAAGGACGGCGAUAUACCCUAUAACUGGGUUAUUGGAGUCUCUAAGAACGGCUGGACGACCAAUAAGCUUGGUCUUACGUGGCUAAAGCACUUUGAUAAGCAUAUAAAGAAGAAGGUAGUGGGUACCCACCGCCUACUCUUUAUUAACGGCCAUGAGAGCCACAACUCGCUGGAUUUCUAA